AGUGGGGGUGUGUUUCCCCAAUGAUGAAAAUGAAAUGUUACAGAAAAUCUCUCUAAAACCCUAGAACCGUAAAACCCUCUUCUCUCUUUGUUUCUCCCAUUCAAAUUCCCAGGAAUUUCAUUUGAAAGAAAGAACAUUUUUUUUGGCAAUAUUUUUGGUGUUUUUUUUUUUUUUGUAAAAAAUGGUGACACUUCAAAUGGCAAACCCCAAGGACUUACUGUCUACAACAUCUUCUUCUUCAGUGCUGUCUUCAAGGCCGUGUUUUUCUUCAAAAAAGCCCUUUAAGAGAAGCUGUUUGAGGCGUCAACGUUUUGGAGGGAUAAGCUGUUCCUUUGCUCCAAUGGAGACUGCCAAGAUAAAGGUGGUUGGUGUUGGUGGAGGUGGAAACAAUGCAGUUAAUCGGAUGAUUGGUAGCGGUUUACAGGGUGUUGAUUUCUAUGCGAUAAACACGGAUUCUCAAGCACUAUUACAGUCUGCUGCAGAGAAUCCACUCCAAAUUGGAGAGCUCUUGACUCGUGGGCUGGGCACUGGGGGAAAUCCGCUUUUGGGGGAACAAGCUGCAGAGGAAUCCAGAGAUGCCAUUUCAGAUGCUCUUAAGGGCUCAGAUCUUGUCUUUAUAACUGCUGGCAUGGGUGGAGGCACUGGGUCAGGUGCUGCUCCAGUUGUUGCCCAGAUAGCAAAAGAGGCUGGUUAUUUGACUGUUGGUGUGGUGACCUACCCCUUCAGGUUUGAAGGACGGAAAAGAACCAUGCAGGCUCUGGAGGCUAUUGAAAAGUUGCAAAAGAAUGUUGAUACUCUUAUAGUGAUUCCCAAUGAUCGUCUGCUUGAUAUUGCUGAUGAGCAAACACCUCUGCAAGAUGCUUUUCUUCUUGCUGAUGAUGUUCUGCGCCAAGGUGUUCAAGGAAUUUCAGAUAUAAUCACGAUACCUGGAUUGGUGAAUGUGGACUUUGCAGAUGUUAAGGCAGUCAUGAAAGAUUCUGGAACUGCAAUGCUUGGGGUAGGAGUUUCCUCUAGCAAAAACCGUGCAGAAGAAGCGGCAGAACAAGCAACUCUGGCCCCUCUAAUUGGAUCAUCAAUUCAGUCAGCUACUGGUGUGGUAUAUAAUAUUACUGGAGGAAAGGAUAUAACCUUGCAGGAAGUUAACAGAGUAUCACAGGUUGUGACAAGUUUAGCAGAUCCUACUGCUAACAUCAUAUUUGGUGCUGUUGUGGAUGAUCGCUACAACGGAGAGAUCCAUGUGACUAUUAUUGCCACUGGCUUCUCACAGUCAUUUCAGAAGACGCUAUUAACGACCCCCAAGGCUGCAAAACAGAUUGACAAAAUAGCCACGGGUCAAGAAAGCAAGGGAAUACCCUUACCCCUCAAAUCAUCGUCUCCUUCAACUGUUCCUUCGAGGUCAUCUCCACGGAGGCUAUUCUUCUAAUUCCUUUGAUCUCCCCCUUUCUUUCUUCCUUCUUUUUGCUAUUAGCUGUGUAAUGAUUUUGAAGCUUAUGUGUAUUAGAUGCCAUUUGUUUCCA